GGAAUGGAAACUUGUUUUGCCUAAUCUACAAUUAUACAGAUCAAAUGAACUGCAUUGCGCCUUUGCACUGCAAUGUUGUCGCAUAUGCGAUGAACAGAUUACAACAGAAGGCAGAAGCUGCCAAGAUCUUAAUCUUCUGUUCAUGAUACAGGCAGACAGCAACUAGCUAGGAACUUUCUGAAAACAACCCAAUCGUCCUCGAAACCAUAAUUGGUAAAUUGCUGCUCUAGGAGGGUUCGAUUCGAUUUCUCCAUUUGUUUCAGUCCUGUGGGCUUCGAAUAUGCAGGCCCAACAAACAAAGUAUAAAUAAAAAAACCACAACUUCAAAGUUCAAUCUAUCAGUCCUUGUGCAGCAACUGUCGUGAGUUCUCCUCUCUCUUUCCCUCCAAUUUUUCCGUGACAAGUACUUCCAAAACUUUUGCCCAUUAGAAGAGAAGGGGAAAAGAAAUCCUUAUGGCUUCGGUCCCUUCAAAACUCUACUCUGAUGAUGUUAGCCUUGUGAUGGUGUUGUUAGAUACAAAUCCAUUCUUCUGGACCACUUCGUCCCUCCCAUUUUCCCAAUUUCUCGCUCAGGUGCUUGCGUUUUUGAACUCCAUGUUGCUUCUCAAUCAACUGAACCAAGUGGUAGUGAUUGCUACUGGGUAUAAUUCUUGCGACUAUAUUUAUGAUUCGUCUUCGGCUCCAAAUCACAGCUCUGAGGAUGCCAGAUUGCCUGCUUUGUACUCCAAUUUGUUGCAGAAAUUGGAGGAGUUUAUGAUCAGAGAUGAAAAAUUGGGGAAGGAGGAGCCUCGAGGAAAGCUUGCGUCGUCGUUGCUCUCUGGGUCAUUGUCCAUGGCGCUUUGUUAUAUACAACGGGUUUUUCGCUCGGGACCACUACAUCCUCAGCCUCGAAUUUUGUGUUUGCAGGGAUCUCCAGAUGGACCUGAACAGUAUGUUGCAGUAAUGAAUGCAAUAUUCUCUGCUCAACGCUCUAUGGUGCCUAUAGACUCUUGCUAUGUUGGUGCUCAUAAUUCAGCCUUUCUGCAGCAGGCUUCUUAUAUAACUGGAGGUGUGUAUGUAAAACCUCAACAUUUGGAUGGGCUGUUUCAAUAUCUAGUGACUGUGUUUGCGACUGACUUGCAUUCUCGUAGCUUCUUACAACUUCCUAGGCCUGCGGGUGUGGAUUUUCGAGCAUCGUGUUUUUGCCAUAAAAUGACGAUUGACAUGGGCUACAUAUGUUCUGUAUGUUUGUCCAUAUUUUGUAAACAUCAUAAAAAAUGUUCAACCUGCGGGUCCGUAUUUGGUCAAGCCCAAUCAGAUAAUACCUCAGCAUCAGAUCGCAAGAGAAAAGCGCCAGAAACAUAACGUCUCUUCUAGAAGCAUUAUUUUAGCUAUGAUGCUUGCUGCAUGCAAGAAACUUGUUGAAAUUGAAAGACAUUGAGCUGAAUGGAAUCCUCUGAUUUUGAAUACAAGUUUUGGUAACAUUUGGAGUGAUUUUUACGGUCUGCCGCUCAGUGUUUAAUCUCAUUUCCAGUGACAGUACAAUUUUUUUUUAAACGAUGAAAGUUGUAUAUUUUUUUUAAUCCAACAGAAACAUGAGGAUGUUAAUAUUAUGUAGCAUUUGGGAUUCUAAUAAUUUAUAGCACAGAUUUAUUUCAUGUUCA